AUGUCAGAACCCGAUGACGUUGAUACUGUGAAGGAGAGACUGGCAGAAGAUAGGCAAAACAUACAUAUUCAGAAUGAAUACCAGGAUAUUUCAUACACAAUCAUUAAGGCAAGAAUUGGUAUGUUAGCCACGGCAAUUGGAGGACCAGAUCACUCUGUGGACUCCGUUAAUCCACCUUAUAAGGUAGGUGAUGAUUGCUUGGCUUGUAUUAAGGAUUUGAUUCGUUGGUUCAAGUUAGUUGAUGAUAACCAGAAGAGAUGGGAUGUAGAAAUGGCCACAGCUGAAUUCAAGAUCCUGCAGAAUGAUCUAAUACCUAUUCUAUUGGAUUGGGAGGCAAAAAAUAGUGCUGCUACUAGGAAAAGUAAAAAAACAGGUGAAGAUAUCUCGAUUUUCUUCCCGAAUAAAUCAUAUCAUGAUAGAAUCGCUCUAGGAGCGUUGCAACUUAUGGUGUUGAUGACAUGGCCCUUAAUCAUAACAGAUCAGUCAUCGUAUAACCAAGUGAAUUAUUACUUUGAGCUGAAAAAGCAUCAAUUGCUGUAUAAGCAUGCAAUUUUGACAACAGAAAACGGAAAGGUUCUCAAGGCAGCAAUUAGAUUAGCCCUGAACGUCAUGAGUGUGGAUGUAGAUCAUAGGACUGCUAGGGAUGACUCUCUGAUACGAAUGGUUCUUAAUUUUCUAAAAAAUGUGGUGGCAAUAGAACCAGGUGAAGUUACAAUAUCCAGUGUCAAAAGAUUGAAGAGACCUUUGACUAUGGCUGAAAUGUUACCAACGAAUAUUACCGUUGAUGAUAUUUCCAUAAAUAGUGUCAUAACCGCAUUUGAUAAAAAUAAAGUUUUUGGCUUUCUUCUAACAGUGGCUAGUUCUUUGUCAGACGCUGUUGACCCAAAUUUCGUUAGUUGGCCGUUGUUAGAGGUCAUGUUCUUCUUAACAAAAGAUAUUAACCCCAUCCGAUUGUUCAAAAACCAGAGAAAAUCUUAUAAAUUGGGUACGGAUCACGAGAUUACAGACUCCAACAUGACAACGUCAGGUAAACACCUUUCAGAAUUACUUGCAAAGGAACAUGAAAAGAAGCUUAAUGUAAUAAAGAAUACUUCUUCUCGUCAUUCUAGAUUUGGCGGUUUAUUGUCUAUACAGACACCUCAAAAUACGCGAUUGACAAUUGCUAGUAAUUCUGUCAACAUGCGUGAUGAUGCGGCAUUACAAGAGUUAGACUCAAGAAAAAAAUGGAAUAAAACCAUCACUAUGAGACUCGAUGUUAUUGAAGGACUCAGUAGCAGCUUUUUUAGUACUGAAGGUAAUUCUAUUUACAUGUCUUCUGACAACAUUACUAGCAUAAAAGAGUUUUUGGCAGAUUUUGUUGAUUCCAGUUUCAAUUUGUUAUUGCAAAAUGCCACAGAUAGUUUUACGAGUGAAAUUCAAGAUCAAUUACCAUUGCAUAAGAUUGAAUACAUGUUAUUCAUUUCGUGGUUUGUGAAAUUCCAGAGAUCACGGUGCAUUUAUGAAAUUGAUGCUACACCGGAUUAUGUCUCAGGCGCAUUGUUAGAUGAGUGUUACAUUCUCUUUACAAAAUAUUUGAGAGAGAGUUAUGAACAAAAGAAUUGGCCAGUGGUCCAUGCGGGUAUGCUAUUGUUCACGGAAUACUUGGAGUUUUUAUUAUCUCUCGACCAAUCAUGGGAGGCAGAUGUUCAAGCUGUGAUAAGUAAGAUUUUGAGCGAAAAUAUGUUGCAGCUAUUGGCAUCUCUCCCAAAAUCUGCAACCAGUCAUUCUUCACAAUAUGUUAAAGCUUGCAUUAAUUUAACACAUGUGGUUUUGAAAACAAUUGAUAAAUUUGAUGAGAACAGCUCGUUGACUGUGGAGUCAAAAAGGAAGCGUAAGGUGAACCUUAAUCACACAGCAAUUGAAAAGUAUGCAAAAGAUAAUGAUUUAGACUAUGAAUCAGCCUUUGAUAUAUUAGAAGAACAAUUUAAACAAGUGACCAUAAACUUUGAUAAGGUUUUUCGCGGAUAUCUGACAGAACCAACGAUAUCAACUUACAUCAGAUAUCUACAGUCUUACAAAGAACUGGAGGACAAAGACCUCAUAAGGGUUCUAAAAUUCUUUCAGAGAGUGUUUGUCAAAGCGAAGGAAGAAUUAUUUCUAUUUCGAAUUGACUUCAUGAUAUUAUGUCGAGAAAUUCUAAGUCAACAAGGUCUGCCUACAACUUCUGAGCUAAGAACUCAUUUCACAAAAUUCAAUGAGUACUACCUUAAGCAGCUCAAAAAUAAACUGAAGAAAAUGCCUUCUUUGUACAUCAAUAUAUUGUUCCCAAUGCUCCAUGACUCCCAAAUAUCAUACUAUAUGAGACAUGGAAAGAUGAAGUUGACUGAAGGUACUCCUGACAUAGUAUUGCCCAGCACAUUUAUCAAUAUUCCAGAUGAAGGCUCUCUUCCUAAAAAAGUUUUGUUAGAUAUGCAAGUUGGAAUCUUGGUUUCUAGUCUUAUCGAUGAUGGAUAUGAAGAUUUGAUUGAAGCUUUGUUGCUUAAUUUACAGUCAAGUUUCGAUGGAUUGAAGGGUAAGGUAGCAGAAGGCAUCAAUUCACUAGAAGAGGAAAGAGUAAAAAAAGUUGCAUUCAAUGCUACUAAUUCUGAGAUAAAGAGGGCCUUAUACCAACAGCCCGAAUUCAGAAGGCUUUUAAUCCUUGCUGGUUUUGCAAUUCCGGAAGCUAAUCAACCUGCUUGCUAUUUCAUUAAUAAUAAAACUCCUACUGAGGUCCAGUUGGUAAUUGAAACUAUACAAAAGCACAGGUCUCUUCCAUUUGAAUCUGAAAUUGGAAAACCAGCUAGUUAUUAUUUAUCGUCACAUUAUCAAGAGUAUGAAGACCCUGAAGAAUACGGAUCAGAUUUAAACAAUGGAAGUUACUUCGAAGAUUUAGAAAUCAUGGAUAAGCGAACAGAGGGACGCGAGCUUUCAAAAGGAAAAGCGCAAUCCAAACUUGUUCAGAGAUCCAAAGGGAAAAGAAAGGCAAUUGCUCAUCAUCCGGAAGAAAAUGAAUCAGAUUUUGAAGCAAAUGCAAGCAGCUCCACCAAGCUUCCAGUCGUUAGUAAGGAGUAUAUAAUGGACUCUGACGAUGAGGAUCCCGACUUCGGCGCAAUAUUCUUCGAAAAUGAAACAUAUCUGAGACAGCUCCUGGACAAACAUAAUGGAUCGCUGACUGAAACGCAGUUCUCCCUUUUUGCUCAGUUUUGUGAAGAAAGGGUUAAAAAUAAUGGACAAUUGAGAAAUGAUUACUCUGCUCUUUUUAAUGAAACACCGAAAUCACCAAUCUUCUCCGACGUAGAUGCCGAAACUAUCAUCAUUGGAAGUGCCUCGCUUCCAUCUUUGGCAAACGAGCCCAUAGAGACCCAAGUUGUGAGCUCUGAAGAAUACUCAUCACAUCCACUUGAGGAAGAAGUAACUUCGGAACAACGAAAGCGUAAAAAGCCACGCAUAGAAUCAGAUACAGAAUAUUAG